AUGGAUUCUGUUCCUUCAGCUUCCACAAAUAAAAUGCUGCCAGAAGUCAGGCCCAGGGCCUCCACGCUGCGGGGGCCCCGCUCCAGCAGCUGCAGCAGCAGCAGCAGCAGCAGCAGCAGCAGCAGCAGCAGGCGAGUUGGCCGCAGCGAGCGGCAGCAACGGCAGCACGCACUACAAAGUGGCGAAGCAAGAUCGCGCAAGGCACCCAGGGGUAAGAGGCAGCAGCAGCAGCAAGUCAUUAGCAGCAGCAGCAGCCGCAGCAGCAGCAGCAGCAGAGGCAACAGCGGAAGAGGCAGCAGCAGCAGCAGCAACGGCAGCAGCCGCAACAGCAGCAGCGAGCUCGCAGAUGCAGCUGCACUGCACAAGAAAGAAUGCCAGCAGCCACACAUGCAGCUGCAGCAGCAGCAGCAGCAGCAUCCGCAGCAACGGCUGCAGCAGCAGCAGCAGCAACAGCAACAGCAACAAAGACAGCGAGCAACGAGAGGAGCACGUCGAAGUAAGCAGCAAAAACGCACCCGUCAGCAGCAGCAGCAACAGCAGCAGCAGCAGCAGCAACAGCAGCAGCAGCAGCAGCAACAGCAGCAGCAGCAGCAGCAGCACCUGCUUCUUCUCUGCGUCUGUGUAGAGGCGCAGCGUGUCUGUGGAGACUUUUAG